CGACGUGUUUCACUUCACCUUAACGCUGACGUUAAUCAAUCCCAAUUGACGAUUUGACGACAAUUAAAAGUGUCGAAAGAAUACGAUUGGCAAAUGAAUUGAUGCCGGAAGUUUCGACAGUUCAGUCUGGGAUAGUUUACGACGUGUCAUGGACGUGUCAUUCAAUUUGUGAAUGCAUCUUGCUGGCAGAGAUGGAACUGCACACCAGUCCCACGAGAAACGCGACGGAGAAAAAUCAGAAAUAUGGAUCCGAAACCGCUUUUAAGGAAACUACACCAAUCGGGUGUAAUUCUGUUGCGUGUAGAAACGGCAGCACUUACGGUGUCUUUCAGUCCAAAGAUCCAAUUCUGUCGGUGGAAAAAGGAUUUGGAGGGAAGGACGGCGAUGGAGACGGACACGGAAUCAGCGUUGAUCAUCCGACCUCGUAUCUGGAAACCCUGAUGCACUUGUUCAAGGGUAACGUUGGCUCCGGAAUAUUCGCUUUGGGGGACGCCUUCAAGAACGCCGGCAUCCUCCUGGCUCCUCCACUCACUAUCUUUCUGGGCAUCAUCUGUGUCCAUGCACAACACAUACUGGUUAGGUGUAACGAAGAGGUAACGAGAAGGAUGGGCAAUUCACUCACUCAACAACCUGGAUUCGCUGGAACGAUAGAGUUAUGUUUCGCAACGGGUCCAUUACGGUUAAGAAAGUACUCCGUCUUAAUGAGACGGUUGGUUAAUGUAUUUUUAUGCGUCACGCAACUCGGAUUCUGUUGUGUCUACUUCGUUUUCAUUUCUACAAAUAUGAAACAGGUCCUGGACGUAUAUGGUUUCCAUUUGGACGUUCACUCACACAUGGCCGUCAUUUUGAUUCCCAUAUUACUGAGCACGUGGAUAAGAAAUUUGAAAUACUUGGUGCCGUUUUCGUCGAUCGCGAAUUUUUUGGUCAUAUCUGGAUACAUAUCGACGGUUUACCUGAUGAGCCACGAUCUUCCUCCAAUAAGCUCCCGCAAUUACGUCGCCUCGUGGAAUUCCCUGCCCCUUUUUUUUGGGACCGUAAUAUACUCCUUCGAGGGUAUUACUUUGGUGCUGCCCCUCAAGAACGAGAUGAAGAAGCCCAGCAACUUCCACAAACCUCUGGGAGUCCUGAACGUCGGAAUGGUCAUUGUAGGUGGAAUGUUCGUGACAAUAGGCUUCUUAGCGUACUUGAAGUACGGAGACAGCGUGGCUGGAUCAGUUACACUUAAUCUCAAUUCUAAAGAGGCUGGCGAGGUGGAAACCGCUGACAUUUCAAGGUUGCCGCAGUUCAUACAGAUUUCGAUUUGUCUGAGUAUACUGCUGACGUACUCGUUGCAAUUCUACGUACCAAUUGCGAUCAUGUGGCCUGCAAUUGUAAACCGAUACGGCCCUUUUCGUUGGCCCGUUGUCGCGGAAAUUUGUUUCCGCUCGUUCACUUGCUUCGUUACGUUUGUCCUGGCGGAAGCGAUUCCUCAAUUGGGCCUCUUCAUAUCUUUGGUGGGAGCUGUGAGCAGCACAGCAUUGGCGUUGAUGUUCCCGCCAAUCAUAGAGAUGGUGGUCUGCUGGCAGAACGCCACAUUAGGCGUCUUCACCAUUCUGAAAGACAUACUUAUACUGCUGAUCGGCCUCCUAGGAUUCGCCACGGGAACCUACGAGAGCCUAACGUCGAUAGUACGAGAGUUCAGCAAAUAACCCGAAUUAAUAACCUUAGGUUCCCGUAGGCUUUCUUCGGAGAGCUAGAUGAUGGCAAGUAAGGGUCAUGAGCCAGAAAGAAGAAAAGAGAGGUUCUGUCGCAGACUUAUCCCUCACCAUCGCUAUGGCUACCCGAUCUUGCCACGUUCAGCACAGUCCACGUGUUGGAAGUAUGACAGACUUUUGCAGUCCUCCGAAGCUUCCGACGUGUCGUCAAUCCUAUCGAUUCGACUAGCUUAGAAGUAGGUCCAGGAAAGAUAGCUGAAGUACUGUCUUGCCACGUUCAGCACAACCCACGUGUUGGAAGUAUGACAGACUUUUGCAGUCCUCCGAAGCUUCCGACGUGUCGUCAAUCCUAUCGAUUGGACUAGCUUAGAAGUAGGUCCAAGACAGAUACCUAAAGCACUGUCUUGCCACGUUCUGCACAGUCCACGUGUUGGAAGUAUGACAGAGUUUUGCAGUCCUCGAUAAAGCACUGUCUUGCCACGUUCAACACAAUCCACGUGUUGGAAGUAUGACAGACUUUUGCAGUCCUCCGAAGCUUCCGACGUGUCGUCAAUCCUAUCGAUUCGACUACUUUAGGAGUAGGUCCAAGAAAGAUACCUAAAGUAAUGUUCAGCACAAUCCACAUGCUGGAAGUAUGAUAGACUCUUGCAGUCCUAAGCUUCCGACGUGUCGUCAAUCCUAUCGAUGCGACUAGAUUAGAAGUAGGUCCAAGAAAGACACCUAAAGUACUGUCUUGCCACGUUCAGCACAGUCCACGUGUUGGAAGUAUGACAGACUUUUGCAGUGCUUCGAAGCUUCCGACGCGUCGUCAAUCCUAUCGAUUCGACUAGUUUAGGAGUAGGUCCAAGAAAGAUACCGAAAGUAAUGUCUUGCCACGUUCAGCACAACCCACGUGUUGGAAGUAUGACAGACUUUUGCAGUCCUCCGGAGCUUCCGACGUGUCGUCAAUCCUAUUCGACUAGUUUAGAAGUAGGUCCAAGACAGAUACCUAAAGUACUGUCUUGCCACGUUCAGCACAAUCCACGUGUUGGAAGUAUGACAGACUUCUGCAGUCCUCCGGAGCUUCCGACGUGUCGCCAAUCCUAUCGAUUGGACUAGAUUAGAAGUAGGUCCAAGAAAGACACCUAAAGUACUGUCUUGCCAGCACAAUCCACGUGCUGGAAGUAUGACAGACUUUUGCAGUCCUCCCAAACUUCCGACGUGUCGUCAAUCCUAUCGAUUCGACUAGUUUAGGAGUAGGUCCAAGAAAGAUACCUAAAGUAAUGUCUUGCCAAGAAAGAUACCUAAAGUAAUGUUCAGCACAAUCCACGCGUUGGAAGUAUGAGAGACUUUUGCAAUCGUCAGAAGCUUCCGACGUGUCGUCAGUCCUAUCGAUGCGACUAGUUUAGGAGUAGGUCCAAGAAAGAUACCUAAAGCACUGUCUUGACACGUUCAGCGCAAUCCACGUGUUGGAAGUGUGACAGACUUUUAUAGUCUUCCGAAGCUUCCGACGUGUCGUCAAUCCUAUUGAUUCGACUAGUUUAGAAGUAGGUCCAGGAAAGAUACCUGAAGUACUGUCGUCUCCAUGAGGGGAUGCUGUAAUCCUGAUAAGCUUCAUGACUAUCAUGACAGAUAGGACCAUGUAUCCUAAUCCGUACAAUACAUUUCGGCCAUAACUUGGAAACGUUGCAAUGUGUCAGAGUGAUACUUAAAAAACAGAAAACUAUUUUGUAUUGUGAAGAUUUUUGUAAGAUCCGAAUAGUCGAGAUAAGUAAUGUUAUCUAUUUUACGUGGAAGAUGACAAGAAACACGGUAUAUUCCCGUUAUGGGUGAAAGACUAGAAUGUUGUUGUUUUUAAUUUAGAAUUGUUGACAGUAAUCUGCGUUAAUGACUCGACCAUGUUCCUUUGUACCCGGCCAAAAUCUGAAAACAUAUAUAUCUCUUACAAAGUUUCUACUGACAUUCAUUAUGUAUAAAACGUUCGACAAUUUUGCGGUGAUUUUUGUAUCUCCUAAUAGAGUCACGAGAAAUAAACUCAAAUACCACACAAUAAGAAGUAGGUAAUAAACAGCAGGAUGAACCUAAAGAACUGUAUUGUUUCGUCCUCAAGGUGGACAUUGCGAUAUCUUCUAAACUUUUUACUGACAUUCAUUAUGUAUAAAACGUUUGACACUUUUGCGGUGAUUUUCGUCUCUUCUAAAAGAAUCACGAGAAAUAAACUGAAAUACCACACAAUAAGUAGCAGGUAGGAAACAGGAGGACGAACCAAAAGAACUGUAUUGUUUCGUCUUCAAGGCGGGCAUUGCGAUGUCUUCUAAACUUUUUACCGACAUACAUUAUGUAUAAAACGUUUAACACUUUUACGCUGACUUUCGUCUAAACUAUUUCAUUGCAGCAAUGGGUAAAUAAAUUUUCUUUCUUUCAUUUUCUAGUCGUACAUUUACACUCGUGAGAUUGAGAUGUAUACAUUUGCAUAAUCUCUGGCUUUGUCAUCUUAUCGGUACAAAAUAUACGUCGCAAAUUAUUUUUUA